AAAAACAACUACACAUACAACAGCAGGGACAACACUACUAGCACAACAACAAAACUUUUACGCUAGGCAAGCGGAUAGGUAGAGAGACAGGAGGAGACGGGAGAAAGAGCAAGAGUGCGGCAGGGAGAGCUGGGAAAUACACUCGAGUGAAAUUAAAGCCGAUGGAGGGGAGGAAGCAGCAAGACAAUACAUCAAUGCAGGCUAAGUGUAAUUGCUAUGGUGUGUGUGAGUGAAUAGUGUGUGAGUGCGAGCGAGCGGCUGUGCGUGAGAAUGGGACAAUAAAUUAGCUGUAACUUGCACCUUGUUAUUCGCACCUGGAUCCCAAAAGUGGAUUAUAUAUAUGUAUAUUUUUACAAGUCAAAUAUUCAAGCAAAGCCCGUGGUUCGUAAUCAAAGUUAAUUUUGGCAACACAAAGAGAGAGAGCGCCAAGUGUGUGGAAAACGUAAACGUAAAUUCUAUUUACGCAAAUAAUACGCAGAAACGUGAGUAAAGAAGAAUUAGAGGCAGCAGCCGCAGCAAACAGCGCAAACAGGAUACUUAAAAUAUCAAGGCAAAUAUAUACACUCGCACACAGACACACACACAAACACUAAAACAGACACACGGCCACAGGCAAGGAGGUUUAUAUUUUUGGCUUGCUCCCGCUCUCACACCCUCCCAUAUCGCCCGGCACCUCGAAAAACGCACGAAAUAAAUAUAAAAUAAACCCAACAUCGUUGAGGUGUAUGGCCCCAAGGCAAGGCAAACAAACAGACUCGACGAAAAAAAAAUAAGAAAAGAAAAGGAGAGCGAGAAGCAGAAGACGAGGAACAGGGUAAAACGAAGCAGAAAGAUGCCAAAAUGCUGGACAGAGAUUGAUGCUGGCUGCCAACGAACAGCGACAACAACAAAAGCACCAACAACGCCAGCAGCUAGAACGACAUCUAAUACAAUAACAAUAAUAGCAACAAAAACAACAACAAUAGCAGCAGUGACAACCGCCAAGUGUGAGCCGACAAGCGACAGCGAUUGAGAUAUAUUGAUUCCGCCAAAUCACGUCGAUUAAGCCAUGAACGCACUCGAUAUGAAUAAACAAUUUCUGAGCGUCUCGCAGGACCAUCAGCAUCAGCUCCAGACCUCGGCGGCGGACCAGCGAAGUCGCUCAAGAUCGGAGCGUGCCUCGAGUCUGGCUCUGCCCCUCAACUCCCUGCUGGACUUCUAUGACAAGCAGCAGGAGCAGUGCAAAUCAGUCACCCUGCUGCCGCUGCCCAGCAACAACAGUAGCACCAGCAGCAGCAACAGCAGCAUCGUGCGGCGCCACUCAUCCCACUACUAUCCCAUGCUCGAGGACAAGCAGAAGCCGUCGCAGUUGCCACCGGCAGCCACCGAAAUGCUUGUAAACAUGACGGAGCAGAAAUAUGGCAAGUCAGCGCCCCUGGGGGCAGGAACCGGGAACCGGCAGCAGUUUCCGCAGCAGCAACAGCAACAGCAGUUGGUGCGGGUGGACACGCCAGUCACGCCACCGCCGCCCAUUCCGCGGCGCCUGCUGCGAGGCAAGUCUGCCUGGCAGACGAGUAGUCCCAAUCCCAGUGUCGGCCAGGAGGGUAUUAAUGCCCACGGCAUUGGCACGGUGUUUGUUUAUCCGCAGCCAACAAACGUGACCACCGAGGCAGCGGCUCUCGGAUCAGUAGCGGGACAGGGAGCAGCUGGUCUGCAAUCAGCAUUGCUUGUUGACAUUGCCUCACGUCCGGCGCACGGCUAUGCGGAUGCCGAUGGCAUUUCCGAUGACGACCGCAUGAGUCUGGAGAACUCCGUAUUCGACGAGUCGCUAACCUCUACGCCGGUCAAGGUUGCCGGCUACCAUGCCGGCCGCUACUCCGCCAUGGGCCACAUGGCCAAGCGAGCGCAGCGUUCCUCAAGCAGCACGGUGGAUUCGGCCUACGGCUCCUCGCUGGGCGGGCACAGUGAGCGCUUUGCCAGCAGCUCGACGAGCGUGGACUUCCGCAGCCGCUUCUCCUCGGUGGACACGCAAUCCUCGCUGGACGAGAAGCCCCUCUCCAGCUCGAUUGACUCCCCCUUGGCCAGGGACUCUAGGGAUGCCUACCGGGAGCGAUCGGCAGUUAACGAUGCCAUGCACAAGCUGAACAAUAACAACAAUAGCCUGGGAUUGGCCUUGUAUCCGGCCAGCAACAACAACAACAGCAGCAGCAGCAUCAGUGGAUCAGUGGAUGGAGGCAAGCUGCCGGUGGUUCCAGCCAGGAAACAGCCACCGCCACCCGCCAAGUGCAGUUCCAACAGCAACAAUUCGGUGGGUGAAAGCCAAUCGCAGUCGCAGUCCUCCUCCAAGGAGACCGGUAGUGUCUCGGCCUCAGCCUCCACUUCGUCCGCCGCCUCGGCAGGAUCCAGCACCAUCUCCAGCGGCACCAUGUCCUCCAUGUCGGGGCCACCGCCGAUAGUGCCCUCUGCCGAUGCCGCCAAUCCCAAACGUCCAGGGCCACCAGAGCCACCGAUGCGGCAGGCCAAUGUAUUUGAUCCCAUGGAGAUGAGUGCGCGGGGUCAUCCGCCGCCUCCGUUAACUGUAAGGAACAAACUGGGCCGCACCAAGCCGCCGCCCAUAGCCUAUCCCCGAAUGCAGCAGCGCCAGGAUUCCACUCUGUCCAGCGACAGCUACUCGAUCAGCUCCAGUCCGGGCUACAACUCCAAGCUGAUGGAGGCGCCGCUAUUGGGCUCCACGUCGCAGGUGGGACGCAAGCCGAAUGCACCCGGCUCAGCCCAGAGGCAGACGCCACUGAUGGACUUGGCACCAACGCGUUUCCUGAACGGUGGUGGCAAGCAGGCGCCCGCUGUGCCGCCGCCAAGGGGUAGGAUCAACUUUCGCCAGGAUUCGACCAUCUCCAGCGACAGCUUCAGCCAGUCCUCUAGUCCGGGCUACAAUCCCAAGCUCAUGGAGGCACCGCUGCUGCCAUCCCUAUCCGCCAAGCGACUAUGCAGCGCGCCAGCUCCGAUUGUCUGCCGGCAGCAUGAGCCCAUUGAGGAACUGGAGCCACCGCAGACCAUUUCGCCGCUGCACAAGGCUGGUGGUCCGCCCAGCAGCCUACAAACUAUCGUCCGCUUUCAGAAUGGAGCCCCGCACACCAUGUCCUUGCAGCAUCAGAUCAUAAACCGACGCAAGAGCUCCAAUCCGUACAUCACCAACGGCCGUCUGAAGUUCCGCCUGUUCCAGAUCCUGAUCAACGCCUUCGCCCUGCUGGCCAUAGCCGGUGGCCUGGCUGCCUACUUUAAUGCCUAUCCGACGAUCAAGUUUGUGAACAAGACCAUCAUCAACACCAUCCAUGUGGAGGACACCACCAGUUUUGGCAAAAACCCGGCUCCUGGAACUUGUCUGCCCAUCAUUGUGCGUUUUUGUCAGGGUCCCCAGAUUCCGUACAACUACACCGUGUUCCCGAACUACAUAGGACACUUUGGCCAGCUGGAGACGCAAACGGAUCUGGAUACCUACGAGGCCUUGGUGGAUGUGAGAUGCUACGAGCUGGUCUCCCUGUUCCUGUGCACACUGUUUGUGCCCAAGUGCGGUCAGAGUGGAGCAACCGUGCCGCCCUGUAAGACCCUCUGCACGGAGACCAUGCGCCGCUGUGGCUUCUUCUUCGAUGUUUUUGGUCUUAGCCUGCCCGAGUACCUCAACUGCAAGCUAUUCAAGGACUUUCCCAGCUCGGAGGACUGCGUGGGCCUGGAGGAAGUGCGCGACGUCAUGAUAGCCGCCUCGAAUCCCAAAUGCGAGGGCUUCCAGUGCGACCAGAACCGCUGCCUGCCGCAGGAGUACGUGUGUGAUGGCCACCUUGAUUGCAUGGACCAGGCGGACGAGGCCAGCUGCGAGCGUUGCGGUCCGGAUGAGAUCUACUGCGGCGAUAGCCAGUGCAUUGGAACCAAGCACAUUUGCGAUGGCAUCAUUGACUGUCCCUACGGCCAGGACGAACGGAAUUGCUUGAGACUAAGUGAACGGAAUGGCGAUGUGGGCACCGGGGUCCUGGAGGUCUACCGUAUCGGUCAACGUCAGUGGAUGCCCGCCUGCGUCAAGAACUGGGAUCGGGCUGUGUCCCCCAGCGCCGUGUGCUCCAUACUGGGCUACUCCGCCGUAAAUGCCACCAGUGUGCUGACACAGCGCACCCACCGACCGCUGCUGGCCUCGGUGAAUGUGUCCACUGAUAUUUGGAAGAUGUAUGCCAAAAGGCGCUCCACCCUGAUGCAGGAGUUUGCCAACUGCAAGAAGACAGAGGACUAUCCCAUGGCCGAGCUUACCUGCUCCAAUUACGAAUGCGGUCGCGUAAAGCGAGGCAGGCACAAGCCCUCUAGACGCAUCAUUGGCGGCACCCAGGCCAAUCCUGGCAACUGGCCCUUCUUGGCUGCUAUUCUAGGCGGUCCAGAGAAGGUUUUCUACUGCGCCGGUGUCCUUAUAUCGGAUCAAUGGGUGCUCACAGCAUCCCAUUGCGUUGGCAACUAUACGGUCAUAGAUCUGGAGGACUGGACAAUUCAGCUGGGCGUAACGCGUCGCAACUCUUUUACUUAUACGGGUCAGAAAGUUAAGGUCAAGGCUGUCAUUCCCCAUCCACAGUACAACAUGGCCAUUGCCCACGACAACGACAUAGCCCUGUUCCAGCUGGCGACGCGUGUGGCCUUUCACGAGCACUUGCUGCCUGUGUGUCUGCCGCCUCCAAAUGUCAGGAGUCUGCAUCCCGGCACUCUGUGCACGGUCAUCGGCUGGGGAAAGCGGGAGGACAAGGAUCCCAAGUCCACGUACGAGUUUAUUGUAAACGAGGUGCAGGUGCCCAUCAUCACGCGCAACCAGUGCGACGAGUGGCUGGACAACCUGACCGUAUCGGAGGGCAUGGUCUGCGCGGGCUUCGAUGACGGAGGCAAGGAUGCCUGUCAGGGCGACUCGGGUGGUCCACUGCUGUGUCCGUAUCCGGGGGAGAAGGAUCGCUGGUUCGUCGGAGGCAUCGUGUCCUGGGGCAUUAUGUGUGCGCAUCCGCGACUGCCCGGCGUAUAUGCCAACGUGGUGCAGUACGUGCCCUGGAUACAGGAGCAGAUAGCGAAGCAUACCCGUCCCAUAAACGAGGAUCGGGUGAACAAGUAUGACCUGCAUCCUGGGGGACCCGACAUGCUGUCCAAAAUAGCAACGGAUCCGAUGCGAGUGGGUAAACCCUAUUACUACUCACACAAGAACUAGGCCUGACCACGGGCAGGAGGAGAGACAACUAGCAUAUCCAUGGAACGAAUGCACAAAACAAACACACACAGAACCGAUGGAUCCUGUAGGAUACAUACAUAUAUUUUGCUACUGAACUUAGGGUAUUAGCGUCAUGCCGCUAACACCGAUUUUGGGCAACAUAAUCAUGUGUCAAUUUGCCGAAUUUAUUUGUCAAUUUUUUUACAAAGAGAUUUCUAUGAACCCUGAGAGACCCGAGGAAGACCCCUCAAGGGUACCCCCAAAUGUCAAUACAAAUUGCACACGCGAUUUACAUAUAUAUUUACACCUAAAUCGAAGAUAACCGAUAUAUACCCGAUAUGUAACCCAUUGGUAAUUGUGUCUAAAUAACCCCCAACCCAAAACCGAAACCGAAACCCUGGACAAUAAUUCCAUUUCGUAGAUGAAUUUUGUGUUGAGAUAAAACCUAGUUUAAGCUAAGAGAAAUUCCCAUAAAGAAAGAGUGUUUGCCGAAAAAAGAAAUCAAAAAUUAUCAAAGAGAUAAAUAGUAGAAUCACAGCUAAUUGAGUGUUGACAAAUACUAAACAGGAAAUAAUCAAGUAAAUCGUAGGAAAUACAUAACUAUAACUAUAACUAAACUAAUGAGAAACAAAAACAAAAAAACAAGGAAAAAUUGCUGAUCUUGGCAUUUGAUGGACGUAGUAGCAGUGUUAGCUCUUCUCCAACUAUGACAAAAGGAAUCUAUCCAACAGAACUAGGUGCAGUUGACAAUAACGGGAAGUGCACAAUAUGCUAUUAAAGGCAUUUUAGCGAAUAAGUAAUUAAAAUACUAACUACAAUGCGUGGGUUUCAGCUUUAAAGAACACUAAAACGAAGAGGGAGGAGUGCGAAUACAGAAGGAGCAUUAGGAAGAGGCAUACUUAUAUACAUACAUAUAGCAUACGAUGAGAACUACAGAAGGUAUACAUGCUUCGAUAGUGAAUCAAUGUCAAUGUAACUUAAUAUUUAGAACUAUUUACACGCCAACGCAAGCCCCAAGCCCCCUCCCCCCCACUUAGACUGGAAGUUAUAGUUACCCUUGAUUUCGAUACCCUCUCAUCCGCAAUGCGAUCCCCCAUCCCUUGGAGCCUAGGAGCAAAUUCAAAAGGGAAUCGCAGGGUUAUAUAUGUAAAAUACGCGUAACUAAAGACUCAAAAUUGGUUGUUUCAGCACAAAGAACACACUCACUCACACAUUAUAUUGAGCUUCGCAACGUGUAUAGCUUUGAUAUUGUUUUCAAACUGGGAUUCUGGGACUCCAGUAGGGCGGGGACUCGACUUUUAUCAUUUUUGUAGCUAAAACCUGUUGAGAUGCUUUAGACACGAGAUUGCAAAUGUAUAACCGAUCAGUACUAAAUAUAGUUGGACAUAUUAUGCCUACCUACAUAUAUACAUAAAUAUAUGCAUGUUUUGUACAAUCAGUUUACAAGUGGAAAAUGAAAAUGAAAAAGAUAAUGAUAAAGAACAAGUAUUAGUCUUAAACGGGGGACAAAUGAAGCGCAUAUUACACAAGGCACACGAUGUUUUGGGCGAAGAAGAGGGACAUGAACACAAAUCAAUAUGUAACUGAAAUAUAUAUACAAGAAAUAUACAUAUAACGGGAUACAUACAUAUAUUCUAUAUAUAUAUUGUAGCGCUAGCUUGUAAGCAGAUGUGAUGG